UUGAUCUUCAUCUCUCAGCUUUCUCCUCAUCUCAACCACACGAAACUCUCACUUUAUAACGUCUCGAUACCCCCAUAACCCGGAUCUAACACACCUAUCCCCAAGCCGUCAUCAUGGCCCCUUCUGCUAUCACUCCCGAGACUUCCCCUGAGCGUCAGGUCUUCGCCAAGAAGGUCGUUCAGGCUCGCUCCCACGCCAGCUCCGUCUCCUCUGUCGCCUCCAUCACCCUCAACGACGGCAACACUAUCCCCCAGGUCGCCCUCGGUGUCUACAAGGCCCCCAACGGUCAGGAGACUGAGGAUGCCGUCACUGCCGCGCUGGACGCCGGAUACCGCCACAUCGACUCGGCUGCCAGGUAUGCCAACGAGGAGGCCUGCGGUCGCGCUAUCCGCCGGUGGCUCGAGAAGACGGGUACCCCCCGCGAGGAGAUUUUUGUCUGCUCCAAGCUGUGGGACGCCGACCACGGCUACGAGGCCACCUUCAACGCCCUUUGCUCGUCUCUGGACAAGUUCGGGCUCGACUAUCUCGACCUUUACCUGAUUCACUCCCCCGCCGAGGACGAGCAGAAGCGUCUCGAGAGCUGGCGCGCGCUUGAGACGGCCAAGAAGCUCGGCAAGGUCAAGUCCAUUGGCGUCUCCAACUUUGGUGCUGCCCACAUCAACAACCUUCUCGAGAAUGCCUCGGUCAUCCCCGCUGUCAACCAGGUCGAGGUGCACCCCUUCUGCCAGCGCGAGGCCCUCGUCGAGCUUUGCAACAAGCACGGCAUCAAGAUCGAGGCCUACUCCCCCCUGGCCCGCGGUAACAAGCUCGAGGACCCCACCAUCAACGCCAUCGCCGCCAAGUACGGCCGGACGCCUGCUCAGAUCCUGCUCAACUGGAACGCGGCCCGCGGCAAUGUCGUCCUUCCCAAGAGUCUGACGGCCAGUCGCAUCCAGAGCAACCUGGAGAGCUUUGACUUCAAGCUUGCCCAGGAGGACAUUGACACCAUCAACGCUUUGGGCGAGGAGAACUAUGUCACUGGCUCUAUGCACAAGUCCGCGGACUGAACGAUUUAUGACAACCUGAACGAGACAUGAACCAUGGAGGUGCUGCUUCUUGCGCGCACGGUCCAAGCCACAGCGCAGCCAUCUUGCACCACGCGCACCCAGAAAUUACCCCCCGGGGCCGGCGCAAGCAGAAUAGGCUACACUCAGAAGCAAGCGCCGAGGCUGGGACGUCAACAGCAUCCCGCCCUUAUUUUGCUUAUAGGAGCUUUUGGAUCAUAGACUAUAGACUGGGAUACCGCAGCUAGAAGCGCUCACAAGCUGCAUUAUUCUCUACGUUAGCAUUGAAAUUGAACAAGAUGACA